CUGGUUGCAAGAAGUGGAUGUUUAUUUUUUUUCGGCGGCGAGGGGUUCCGGCAAAAUACAAGGGAGCUUGAUGAUUCAUAGUGGAAGGGAAAUGUCUGCUUCUCAGAUAAAGCCAUGGCUGAGGGAAGCUGCUUUGGUGCGUUGUAGAUGUUUGGGAUGACCAGAGCUGAACCUUACCUCAACGAGGGAGAGGGGAGAGCAAAGAAGAAAGAAUCGAGGGAAGGAGGGAAAACAUCUGCUCAGAAAGGAUAAGGAUCAGCAGCUCAUCUGGAUCUGAACAGGGAACCUGCUGGAGCUUUUUGUUUGUAAGGAAAGAAUUUAAACUUGUCAAAAUCAGAGAUUUGUGCCUGGGAGGAGCUUUAAUCGACUUUUUUUUCUUUUUUUUUUAAAUCACUGUUUGUGACCCUUUUAAAAAAAGAGUAACAAAAUGUGUCAUGUCAUUGUAACAUGCCGCUCCAUGCUCUGGACUCUGCUCAGCAUUGUCGUGGCCUUUGCUGAGCUCAUUGCCUUCAUGAGCCCCGAUUGGUUGCUGGGAUUCCCGCGGUCAGACUCCAGCGUGACCGGAGCGGGAGUGGACUCCGGAGAGUACCGUCCGUCUCUCGGCCUCUACAGCCGCUGCCUCCGCGUCGGGGCCCGGGGGGUAGGGGUGAGCUGCGGGCCGUACGCUGGGACAUUUGGCGAAGUGGCCAGUGACUUCUGGAAGGUUGCCAUGUUGUUUCUGGCAGCAGGGACGUUGGUGCUGGGGUGUGUGGCCUGCGUGUCCAUCUUCAGCCUGUGUUUCCAGAGCAUCUUGAAGAAAAGCAUUUUCAACAUCUGCGGGCUGCUGCAGGCUAUCGCAGGCCUGUUGUUGAUGGUGGGCCUCAUGCUGUAUCCUGCUGGUUGGGGUUCAGAGAAGGUGAUCAGUUACUGCGGCGCUGAGGCCUCGCCGUUCAGGCCGGCUCUGUGUUCACUUGGCUGGGCGUUCUACGCAGCAAUAGGAGGAACGCUGGCGACCUUCCUCUGUGCCGUUCUGUCUGCUCAGGCGGAAAUUGCCACCUCCAGCGAUAAGGUUCAGGAGGAGAUUGAGGAGGGGAAGAGUCUGAUAUGCCUACUUUGAGCCCACACAAUCAUCUUAAUGUGUAAUCGGGAGUGACUUUCUUUAUGAUAUCCUGGUAAAAACCUGGUUGUUUUAAGGAACGAACGUUUGGUAACAGCUUUGGCGUUUCCCUCUGAAACUUGCUGAAGGCUACGUAAGGCUAAGAACCUUACCCAUACACUUUUCCUUUUCCUUCUUCUUCUUUUUUUUUUUUUUUUCUUAAUAACCAAGAUACUGUCUAUUUUUGUAAAAAUAUUCACCUUAAACAAACCACUGUACUAGAAUAAUGUGUUGCGGACAGAUUAAACGCUGCCAGUAAAACAGUGUGUAGGACUGUGAUGCCAUUAUAACGUUCGUUUAUAUGGUUCACCUGCAGACCUCAACAAACCACUGAGUGUUAGCAGAUGUACCCGCUGAAACACCCAACGAUGUUCUGAGUGUGUGCAUGCGUGUGUGAUUACAACUGUUGAGGCUCCUACAUAUUUGCCUGCUCUAAUUCUGUGACACAGCAGUAAGAUAUUUAGUUAUUCUCAGAUGUGCCACAAGGGAUUGUUUACAUAAAAGGUAGUUCCUACUUGUAAAUGAAUUCUAUUGUAGCUCCAUAACUGGCUGAGUGUGUGUGUGUGUGUGUGUGUGUGUGAGAAACUUGCCAUGUUUCACUGUGUCCUUGCCCACAGUAAGAUAAACCACUGCAGCUUAUCUUGGGCCAAUGCUCCCAGUGAAUCAUGGGAGUUACUGUGUUCAAAGCAGAUCAAGGCAAAGACAUUUUAAGUUGAAUAGAUUCCCCUUUUCCAUCAGGCACCCCAUAUUGUGUUUUGCACUUGACCCUGGAUUAAUUUCACAUUGCUGUAAAUCGGAUUCAUGUGAUGCUGCGCUAUUAUUCAUUGUAGGUGAGCAUGUGCAAUAAGUGAGCUGUAGUGUGUGUGUGUGUGUGUGUGUGUGUGUGUGCUUUGGGACUAAGAGGAUGAGACCACGAUAUGGAUUUGUGUCGAGAAGCAUUUCCAGACUGUUUAGUGUUGAUUGUUGGCUGUUUUUGUUACAUUAACAAGAGUAACGGCUUGUGGUACAGCGUGCGAUGCUGCGUGCGUGAAAGGUUGAUAUGUGUGAAGAGAAACAGUCUGUUCUUUGUACUCAAAUAAACCAGGCCUCCUUUAGUAAAGUU